GACGAAUGGCGCCCUCUCAGACGUGCUCCUUAGCUGGCUCGACUGGAAAACCCUUUUCACAACCUUGCUUGUCUUGAUAACAUACGACCAAGGUGCGACAGACGAACUACAUUGGGAGGUUUCCGGACAUGCUGACACUAUUCAAAGUCAUGUACAUUAAGCGAAAGGGUUCAAUUGCGGGGCCUCCGUUCAAGAUCCCGUUCAUGGGACCUUUUCUCCAAGCACUACACCCCAAAUUCGAGUCGUAUCUUGCUCAAUGGGCCAGCGGUCCCCUCAGCUGCGUAUCCGUAUUCCACAAGUUCGUCGUGUUAGCUUCCGAUCGCGAUCUCGCGCAUAAAGUCUUCAAAUCGCCGGGGCACGUUAAGCCAUGCAUCGUACCAAUAGCGGAGGACAUAAUGGGCUCACGGGCUUGGAUCUUUUUGCAAGGAAAAUCCCAUGCCGAGUACCGCAGAGGCCUAGCUGGACUAUUUACGCCAAAGGCACUGAGCACAUAUCUACCCGUUCAGGAGAAGGUUUACAGCGACUACUUCGACAAAUUUGUGGAUAUUACUCAGGCUAACGGCGGAAACCCAACACAAUUCAUGGGCUGCUUCCGAGAGAUCAACUGUGCCUUAUCCUGUCGCACUUUCUUCGGAGACUACAUUUCUCAAGAAGCGGUUAAGAAAAUCGCAAACGACUUUUAUCUUGUCACAGCUGCUUUGGAACUCGUCAACAUACCGCUAUCGAUGUACAUCCCGUUCACAAAGCCUUGGUUGGGAAAGCGGACAGCAGAUGCAGUGCAAGUUGAAUUUGCAAAGUGCGCGGCAGCGUGCAAAGCAAAUAUGGCUUCUGGCGCCAAGCCAACAUGUAUCGUUGACCAGUGGGUACUACACAUGAUGGAUUCCAAGAGUUAUUACGAACAGGUGGCUGCCGGCGAAACGAACGUCACGAAACCAACAAGCCUCAUCCGCGAAUUUACAAACCUAGAAAUUGCCCAAACGCUGUUCACGUUCCUGUUCGCUUCACAAGACGCCUCGAGUAGCGCGACGACUUGGCUUUUUCAAGUUCUCGCUCAAAGGCCGGACGUCUUGGGUCGCCUUCGGGAAGAAAACCUUUCCGUUCGCGGUGGUGACCGAAAUCGGCCGUUCGACCUGAACAUGUAUGAAUCCCUUCCUUACACCAACGCAGUCAUCAAGGAACUUCUCCGUCAUCGGCCACCAGUGAUCUUCGUCCCGUACAUUGCCACAAAGAAUUUUCCUAUAACGCCAAACUAUACCGUUCCUAAAGGCGCCAUAGUCGUGCCUUCAUGCUAUCCAGCUCUACACGAUCCCGUGGCCUACCCCAAUCCUGAAGUUUUCGACCCGGAGCGCUGGAUCACAGGAGAUGCAGAGUCGAAAACAAAGAACUGGCUCGUGUUUGGUGCUGGCGCGCAUGACUGCUUGGCGAGAAAGUAUGUGCCUUUGAUCAUGGCACAUAUGAUUGGGAAGGCUGCACUGGAGCUUGAUUGGAAGCAUCAUGCUACGGAAAGGUCGGAGGAGAUACGGGUCUUCGCUACCUUGUUCCCUAUGGAUGGGUGUCCACUCACAUUUACGGAGCGGUCUUGAAGGUGAUUAUAUUCGCCGAACGAGAGAAACUUUCAUGAUCGCCACCCAAUAAUGGAAUUACCGUCGGUCUUUUCGACAAGAGGGAGAUUUAUUGAGUUGAUAUCAACAACGCGUCUGAGGCACUGCUAUUAUGGGCCUGCUAGCACGCAUUUACUGGCCGUUAGCAUCCUUAGUAACAAAUAAUAAGCACUUUUACCUUCGCCG